AUGGAAACUGAAAAGAAUCGAACAUCUAUCGUUGCCAUCAUCUGCGGUACUGUAAUUUCCGGUGUAAUUCUACUUGUCGUUCUCGGAUUCUUUAUUCUCCGAAGAGGGUGGGGUCGUCUUUCGUUUAACAGGAUCAAGUCAAGCAAGACUCGAGGUUCAUCAUCUUUGCCAUCCGAUUUAUGCCGUUACUUUUCAUUGGCUGAGAUUAAAGCCGCCACUAACAACUUCCAAGAUAUUUUCAUCAUCGGAGUGGGUGGGUUUGGAAACGUGUAUAAAGGGUACAUUGAUAAUGGGACCAAUCCCGUCACCAUCAAACGACUAAAGUCCAAGUCAUCCCAAGAGGCCCAUGAGUUCAAGAUCGAGAUCGAGAUGCUCUCUCAUCUCCGUCACCGCCAUCUCGUCUCUCUAAUCGGCUACUGCAACGAGGACCGUGAGAUGAUCCUCGUCUACGACCACAUGGCACGUGGAACUCUCCAAGGUCACCUUUACAACACCAAAAACUCACCGCUGACGUGGAAGCAACAAUUUACAGAAGUACAAAAUGUUAUAAAUAUUGAGCUCAGAUUACUCCACGAGAACUAA